UUUUGAAAGAAAGAAAAUAAAGAAUGUUUCCCGCCAUUUGAUGGAAGAAAUGUCAGAGCGGCGAAAACAAACUAACCAACAAAACAAAAACAACUCGUCAACUUCACAACUUUUCACAAUUUAGCAAUUUUUUUUUUCGGAUUACUUUUUGAAGUCGGUCUUUAAAAUUUCUCGGAGUGGAUGAUGUCUCAGAGGACGAUACACAGCUGCGUCACGAACAUGAACAUGGAGACGAUACAGUGCGAAGCGUACGCAGGUAAAUUGGGUCCUAAAAUGGAUAAGGGCAAGGGGGCUCCUGCGGGGCACAAGGCGCCACCUAACAGGAUCAUCAGGGAGUGCAGCACGCCUACUACGUAUAAGACAACAUCGAUGGCUUCCGGUAGGAUGAAGCAGGUCAGGGUGGAGACUUCUAAACCGGAGAAGCCAAAGACUGCACCGAAGAUGAGGGCCAACAGCAUUAUCGCUCAAGGGCCCACCUGGUCGAAGAUACUGAAACCGCAGGCGAGCAAGGAAAAUAUAUGCACAUUCACAAACUUCAAUCCAUUGCGUACCAUACACUUUUUGACAAAUGAGUUGGGGAGUCAGCUGAGAGAAGAAUUACCACAUAAUAAGAACAUACAUCAUAUGAUUAUGGAAAUGCAACAAGCUCUAUGUAGGAUACCAGAAGAAGUGACAGCGGCUUUGCAGGAUUCGCGUGUAAGCGGUAAACAUCGGAUGGAAAUGAAGCCGACGAAGUUGGGAGAGAGAGAUCCCUUUCAGAAUGUAUAUACCAGUGUAAAGCCUAUAACCAGUUGCAUUGCUACACAAACGCUGCCCACGCUGUAUUUAGAGCCGGAUAAGGUGCAUAAACACCUGGAGAGUAGUACGGUGAAGAUCGAGCAUGCUUGCAACCAAAUGGAAAGCAUGUGCACUAAAGUCAAGGCUGAGAAGAUGGAGUUGGAGUCUUUGCUGAUGAGGGAAAAGGAGACCACCAAGUUGUACCAGAAGCAGUUGGAGGAGUACAAGCUGAAGUACACAACUGGAAAUGCUUUGAUCGAGAGUCUUCAGAAGAAAAUCGAUGAAUACGAGAGGGAGAUCAAGAAGUUGAGGCUGCAGAUGGAGUCGUACCAAGGACCAACGUCGCAGGAGCUGAAAUCGCUCAUCAAGCAGCUGCAGGAUGAGAAGAACACCGUGCUGAUAGAGAGUCAGGAACUCAAGCAGAAGAUCGCCCUCGCGCAAAUGGAUUGCGAUAAGUACAGGGCGAUUCUGCAGGCGAGGGACGCCCAGGUCAAGGAGAUCCGCAACGAGAUGACGCAGCUGCAGGAGGUCGUUAAUGAGCAGCUGAUGGAGCUGCAGAACAAUGCGUACACCUCGGAGGCGUCCAGCUACAGCAACACAACAUGUUCUCCAUCGUCGACGUGGAAGAACGAGAAGACAGAGUUGGGAGUGUGUGUUGAUGGUGGCGGCGGCGGCAACAACACGUUAUCCUCUAUAAAUAGUGCAGACUCGGUCGCACACCACAACUCUUUGUACAACAGCCCCAAGCAGAUAUCGCACUUAAUCGAGCUGAACUCGGGCGACACAACGGCCACAUCCGAUCUGACGCACGAGUUUCACAACGUUAAACCCAGCGAGAAGCCGACCAAAAAACGAAACGAGAAAUUGAAGGUUGCUCCGCCCGUGGGAGCACAAACUUUGUCCGUGAAUUUCCGCGAAAAGUUCGCCAAGAUCAAGAUGGAUGCGCUGGGCUGCGAUCCGAGGAAGGCCGAAAAGUAGAUAAUAUAAUAAUUCAAAAAUAAAAAGAAACGUAAUCAUAGUUCGGUUCGCACGAGUGAUGUAUUAAACACUGUAAAUAUCGCACAGAAAAUUGCGAACAAGAACGUGAUUCCCAAUGCAAAAUUAGUGCCAUAAAUAAAUUUGAGAGAGAGAAAGAAAAAAGAAGAAAAAGUAUCGACUUAUGUUCGCAACAAAAUAUGAA